AGUAUCUGUCAGCUCAGCUACCUGGGAGUCUCUCGUCCUCUCUGCCCUCUGAACGCUGGCUGCCGCUGCCAUGAAAGCUCAUUACUUUCUCUUGGUGAUGUUAUUUUUCCUCUUCUCCCAGAUGGAGCCAGGUGCCGGUAUUCUCACGAGUCUUGGACGCAGAACAGAUCAAUACCGAUGCCUCCAACACGGAGGAUUCUGUCUCCGCUCCAGCUGCCCUUCUAAUACCAGGCUACAGGGAACCUGUAAGCCAGAUAAGCCCAACUGUUGUAGGAGUUGACAGUGACUUGAAGAAUGAGCAUAAAAGCCAAGCGAGGGAUAUACAAUUAGUAUUUUAAUAAAGGAUCUGCUUUCCAAGCUGAUUUCCAUCA